AUGGGUAUCUACAACAUCCAAAGACAGCGUGAAGAAGCCCAAGAGCCCCAAACCAUUGCUCUCCCUGUUCUUACUGGCAACCAAAUCGCCGCCGCCGUCGAUCUCCUAUUGGAUUGGUUCUUCGAAUCCGGCGGCGCCGUCGCAUUCUCCAGCCUGGAAAAUCUCAAGUUCAAAGCCAUUUUAAGGCACCUAGGAUUGCCAGAAUUGUCGAGGCAUGAUAUUGUAACAACACGCCUCGAAUCGAUGUAUGAUCGAGCUCGAACAGAGUCCGAAGCUCGAAUCAACAACGCCGAAUUCUUCCAAAUUGCAUCGGACUGCUGUUGGAGCAAUGCCGAUGACGAUGAUUGGAAUGGCUAUUUAGUCAAUUUCACGAUUAAUCUACCCAACGGGACGCGACUCUUCCACCGCGCCAUGCAUUGCUCCGGCGGAGCGUUGCCGGAGCAAUACAUGGAGGAGGUUUUGCGGGAGACGGUUCGGAGAGUAUCCGGCGACAAUCUGACGAGAUGCGUCAGGAUUGUGGCGGAUAAGCGUUUCGCGACCUCGUUGAAGAGCUUGGAGGUCGAGAAUCGAUGGAUGGUUAACGUACCUUGUCUUCUUCGGGGAUUAUCAAGUUUGAUCAAAGACUUGUGUCAAAAUCUUCCGUUGUUUGUAACCGUUGCCGAGAAGUGUCUAAAAGUCGCGAACGUGAUCAAUUCUCGACAUGAGAUUCGGAAUUAUCUCGAAAAGGCGUUUGUUCUUCGCUUCAUAAGAGUCCCGUCUCCUAAGCACGACGCGUCGAAGAAUUCGCGUCAUUUUUUCGAAAUGUUAGAGGAUAUACUCUCAUGUUCCCAAACUCUUAACUUCGACGAUUCGCUUAAAUUCGUCUCGGAUAUAAUCCGGGACGUUGCGUUUUGGAACAACGUCGAGGCUACUCAUUCACUUGUGAAUUUUAUUUUAUCGACGUGCGAGGAGGUCAAGAUGGAUAGACCGAUGAUUGGGCAAUGCUUUCCAAUCUGGAAAGCGUUGAAGGAUAAAUUGAAGGAAUUGUGUUCGAAACACGGGAUAGUCGAAGGACCGGUCGAUAAAAUAGUCGAGAAACGGUUUCGGAAAUGCUACCACCCGGUGUGGUCGGCCGCAUUCGUGCUCGAUCCGUUUCUUGGUGAGAGAAGUCGCGAGCGGGAACUAUCUCCCGCCGUUCAAUCUCUUGACGAGCGAGCACGAGAACAACGUCGAGCAUCUCGCGACCCGAAUGCUUUCGGGGGACGAAGCUCGAACGGCAUUGAUCGAACUCGCGAGGUGAAGCUUCGGGACCCGAUGAGGGGGAAGAUGAAGGUGGCGAACCUGCAGAGUAGCCGGCUCGUGUGGAGCACGUGCCUUAAAGGGUUCGAGUCGCUCGGGAAGGUCGCCGUUUGGGUCUUGUUUCUCCACGCGAUAUGCUCGUGUGGGAUCGAGUGGGAUUCAUCGUUCGUGAGAUGGUUUCGCGGACGGGGGAAUUGCCCGAUAGCCGAAAAGCUCGUUCUCGUCGCAGCGGAGACGAAGCUCGGGAGACGGGAGAUGGUGUGUUCGGAAGAAAGGAAUGAUGCCGACGAGAUGUUCAACGAGGUUUUCGAUGGUUCGAUGCCGUUGCCGUAA